CCGGGGGCCAUUUGGCCGGGCGGGCGGGGAGGUGGGCGCCUCGCGGGGGGUGACGGAGCCGCUGCCGAGAUGGGUGACCAAGCGCUCAGCUUCCUCAAGGACUUCCUGGCCGGGGGGGUCGCUGCCGCCAUCUCCAAGACGGCCGUCGCCCCCAUCGAGCGGGUGAAGCUGCUGCUGCAGGUCCAGCACGCCAGCAAACAGAUCACGGCGGAGAAGCAGUACAAGGGCAUCAUCGACUGCAUCGUCCGCAUCCCCAAGGAGCAAGGCAUCAUCUCCUUCUGGAGGGGCAACCUGGCCAACGUCAUCCGCUACUUCCCCACCCAGGCCCUCAACUUCGCCUUCAAGGACAAGUACAAGCAGAUCUUCCUGGGGGGAGUGGACAGGCACAAGCAGUUCUGGCGCUACUUCGCCGGGAACCUGGCGUCCGGGGGCGCCGCGGGUGCCACCUCCCUCUGCUUCGUCUACCCGCUGGAUUUCGCCCGGACCCGGCUGGCGGCUGAUGUGGGCAAAGGAGCGAGCGAGAGGGAGUUCACGGGGCUGGGCGACUGCAUCGUCAAGAUCUUCAAGUCCGACGGCUUGAAGGGCCUGUACCAAGGAUUCAGUGUGUCUGUCCAGGGCAUCAUCAUCUACAGAGCAGCCUAUUUUGGGGUUUAUGACACGGCCAAGGGUAUGUUGCCUGACCCAAAGAACGUGCAUAUCGUAGUGAGCUGGAUGAUUGCCCAGACUGUCACGGCAGUAGCAGGGCUGGUUUCAUACCCUUUUGAUACCGUGCGACGUAGGAUGAUGAUGCAGUCUGGCCGAAAGGGAGCUGAUAUUAUGUACAAGGGCACAAUUGAUUGUUGGAAGAAGAUAGCUAAAGAUGAAGGUUCGAAAGCGUUCUUCAAAGGUGCCUGGUCGAAUGUGUUGAGAGGCAUGGGCGGAGCUUUUGUAUUAGUACUUUAUGAUGAAAUCAAGAAGUAUGUCUAAAACAUAACAUCAUAAUUAGUUCAAUUGUUCUCAAUCAACUUUUUUAAAACUUGUUGUGAUGUAAUGGACAACAAAAUAUUUCCUAGGGAAACUGAGAAUGAAAGUUAUGAAUAGGAUAUCUGUUUGAGAUGAGGAGGCAUUUAUUUAAAAUUUGUUCACUACAGCACAGUGCAUUUUGUAUGAAAUUUCUCUAACAUUUGUAUUGGAACCUGUAUAUAUAUUUAAUACCCCUCCAAAUUCUGGGUAAUGCAUUUUGUCUAUGCACAAGACCUAGGUGGUCUACACCUAGAUUAAAAUCUAAUAAUGUGAACUCUUAAUGAGAUCUUCAGAAAUACCUAGUUUACUUAGCAAUGUCUCUAGCUACCCAACAGCACUAUGACAUGGAUUAAAAUGACUUCUUCUAAAGAUGUAUUUUUGAUCUGAUAUAUUUAAUAUAAAGCAUUUCUGGAAAUACAAGCUAUAUUAAAACACUA